CAAGCAGCUGCAAUGAAGGGCCAUGCGCAGGUCGUUGAGACGCUACUCGACCGUGGAGCAGAGGUCAACGCACAGGUUGGAUUUUAUGCCAAUGCCCUGCAAGUGGCUGCAUCAGAAGGUCAUGCGCAAGUGGUCCAGAUACUGCUUGACAGGGGCGCUGAGAUCAACGCUCAGGGUGGAUAUUUUGGCAGCGCGCUACAGGCUGCUUCAUAUGGCCGCCAUCAGCACGUGGUCAAGAUAUUAUUAGCGAAC